AUAGACCACUGGCUAGCGCACUCGCUAGCUUUUGUGUUCUCGCUUUCUCUCGCGAGACACAUCGCAAUUGUCACAAUUCAGCAUAAAGGCCCUGAGAUGGGCGUCCAGGGUCUGACCACCUAUGUGGAGGGGAACAGAAACUUCUUCCAAGAUGUGAAGUUCAGGGACAGCUACCUGGUUAUUGAUGGCUGCAGCCUGUAUUUCCGCCUCUAUUUUAACCACGGUUUGGACCAGCAGCAUGGAGGAGACUAUGAUGCUUUCGCCUCUCUGCUUACUCAGUUCUUCGAUGCAUUGUCAGCUUGUGGCAUCCAGCCAUACGUGGUUCUGGAUGGAGGGAUGGACCCCAGUGACAAGAAGUUUUCCACUCUGCGGCAGCGUCUACAAUCCAAGAUAAGGGAGGCAGACAGUAUAUCUCAUGGCCGCAAUGGCUCUGUUCUCCCUAUUCUCACAAGAGAGGUCUUCAUUCAGGUCCUCAUCCAGAGAAACGUCCCACUGGUUCAGUGUCCAGCUGAGGCUGACUGGGAGAUUGCAUGUUUGGCUCGCCAGUGGAACUGCCCAGUUUUGACCAAUGACAGUGAUUUUUAUAUCUUUGACCUACCAGGUGGUUACCUGCCACUCAGUUUUUUUCAGUGGACCAACCUUAAUGGUAAAGCCUCUAACCGCUACAUUUCUGCUCGGUGCUACACCACUAACAGUCUUUGUCGCUGGUUUGGGGGCAUGAACCAAGAGUUGCUACCUUUAUGUGCUGUCCUGACUGGUAAUGACUAUGGUACUCCAAAAGAUGCUGAAACACUUCUUGCCCUGAUAGAUGUGAGUGGAGGAGGUGGGAGGGGUAGAGGUAGAGCAUCCACCAACCGCAUCGAGAGGCUACUUCUCUGGCUGUCCUGUUUUCAAAGCCCGGUAGAGGCCCUGGAGGAAGUGAACAGGCUAAUGGGGGAGGAAGGCGGUAGAGGUAAGAGAGGACAGAAGGGUGGGCUCAGUUCACAGCUGUGGGAAGCUAUGCAAGACUACAUCAUCACCUCUCAAAGCUCUCUUGCUCAGUGGUUCUCUGGGGGUAAGGCAGCUGUAGGAAGGCAGACCUCUGGCCUUGCACAGAUACCAGAGUGCCUUUCACAGGCUGCAGCACGAGGGAUGUUGUCUCCCUCUGUUGUAGAUGCCCUGGUGAUGCGCAGGGUUCUGCUCCUGCCACAAGUGGAGAACAGCAGGCUAGGCAGCAGCCACUGUAGUGCCAGAGCUAUACGUCAGGCUAUAUAUGGGAUAUUACUGCACAGAGGCCUGCCAGGUGGUGCUAGCCAAGCACAGGAUAUGAGGGUACAAGGAAAGAUCAACCAGGGAGUGAGAGGUGGGAGAGGGCGAGGGGGUAGGGGAUGGGGAGGCAGUCAGAGUGGUGGAGGUUGGGAUCAGGGCAUAAUUUUUUCCACACAGCAGGGUGUAAAUGUAGGAUUUAGCAUUAAUCAAGAAGCUGAUGCAACUAGAGUGCAGGCUCAGGGCUGUAUUGCCCCCAUUUAUGUGGAGGAGUAUGACCGUCAGGACCUGAAUCUGAAGAAAAAUCCAGUGGAGGCACAUCCCAUUAGAACCCCUAUUUGUCUGGAUACACUUGGACAGGCUCCUGUGGCAGUUCGUCUUGGCGCCCUGUUAGAGGUCUUGGGGGUGAACGAGUCUGUCCUGGCUCCUGUUCCUCUCCACCUGAGGCUGGCUGUUGCAGUGACAGGCUUCUGGCUUCGAGAGGCCAUACCAACACCCUCUCAGCACCAGCUCCAGGCUGUGCUACUGGGCAUAGUUUAUGGAGAGCUGUCCGGGAACAACCAGCCUGGAGCUACCCACUACCAACAUGCUGUCCCACAGUUAAACUGGGCCACAGAGCACAGUGUGUGGACAGGGCUGGAUCGACAACGUCUGAGGCCAGGGGAGAGAAGGGGCUUGGACAUCGGAGCAGCUCACAGUUUCAGCCAAUGGCAGGCCUGCCUCUGGAGUGCGCUCUGUCUCAAUCAGCUACUGCUGCUGCCACUGCCUGUUCCCCACCUGUCAUGUUUGUUCAGUGGAACAUUGCUGCACGGCCUUCUCAGGUAUUUAAACGGGGGCCAAGCUGCUGAAUCCCUCCUAACCAGGGGUUCCUUGUCUGGACAACUCUACUCACCACUCCUGGAUGCUGUGAGGAAUUGCAGCACCAAAGCCAAUCCCGCCUCUUCAGCAGCAGGGAGGAAGAAGAGAGGAGGAGGCCGGGGAAGGAGAGGAAGAAGGGGAGGUGGGAGAGGAGCGAGUGGAUGGAGUCAAGAAACUGAGGAGAUAACCAACAGGUUUGCUCUCCUGAUGAGCGACCAAGACUAUGAUUAUUAUUAUUGGUGAGGAUGCAGAGAAAAAUGUAAAGAUUGAUCGGAGAGACUUGUUAGGGACCAAAUGGGGAAGGUUUAAAAGCCAUGCUCAGGGAAUGCUAAAAAAUAGCCAUAGUCAUGUGAUGAAUGACACCUCUUAAUAUUUACCACUAUGCUUCCACCUCUAUAAGUGGACUGCACUAACGCAGCCUUCCUCAGUAAUAUCUGAUUUUUAUGAUCCAAUCUGCUGCCUUCUCAAAUCAUGUGAUCUCAAGAUAAGAGUAAGAGUAAUGCACACUCUUGCCAUUUUAUAACAGCUUUAUGAGUAUUAUCACUGUAAUUAAUGCAGAUGCUUCCAGUCUUUCAGUGUUUUAUUCAGCCAAGUCAAAAUAAGAUUAGAAAAUGAAUGAACUAGUCCUAUUUCUUCACUGACCAAAAAGUUGCAUGGCAGCUAAUGUCAUCUUAAUAAGAAAUGUACAACAUUUCAUGUAAUUUUAUGACAGAUAUUGAUGAAUCUGGUGCUCUUGU